CCUCUGUUCGAUGCUUCUGCAUCUAUGGCAAUUGUGGAGCCUGCGUAACUGAGAAUAGCAUUAGGAAGACGAGAAUUAUGGAUUGUAAAUGCUUAUAGUCAAAGAAAGAGCUCCACUUCUGAGGCGAGCCGAAAUGCGUCUGGGUUUCCUCCUCUUUGUUGAUUCUCUGAAUCACAGUUGGAAAAUCUUCCCAUAGCUUCACAAUUCUACGGCAGAGUUAGAUAAAUCGUGCUGCUUCGGAGGUUAAUUGGAGUUGAAGAUUGAUAUUUGGUGAGUUUCUCGUUGUCGUCAUUCAUGCUGAAUUUUCUGAUUGCAAGAUUAUCUUUGUCACUGCCAACCUGGAGGACAACCCAGUUAGGGUUUCUUCAUCACAAUGCAUCCUUCUUUCGCUAUUCGUUUUCUUCGGUUGCAAAUUUAUCUCAAUCAAAUCAACCCGAAAAAAAUGGAGGUGGAAAUUUUUCGUUUACGGUUUCUUACCUCAUGAAUUCAUUUGGCAUGCCAGCCGAAAUUGCUGGUAAAUUAUCGAAAUGGGUUGAACUGAAGGACCCAGAUAAACACGACUCGGUGCUUAGUCUUUUUAGAAACUACGGAUUCUCAGAUACUCAGAUAUACAGAACCGUGAGAUCCUUUCCUCAUGUACUUUUAUUAAAUCCUGAGCACACGCUUUCGCCCAAACUAAAGUACCUCCAUUCUGUAGGAUUUUCACCUUCUGAAAUUCCAGGACUAGUCUCUUCUAACCCUACAUUACUAAUUUUUAGCUUAGAGAAACGUAUAAUUCCCCACUAUGAGGCCCUUAAAGGAGUACUUGGUGACGAUUGGAAAGUAAGGAAAUGUUUGAAAAACUCAAGGUGGAACGCUUGCUCUUAUGGUGUAAUGAAUAUAGUUCCAAACGUAAAGGUUUUGAGAGAUGAAGGAGUUCCUCAAUCUUCUGUCUUUACUCUGUUAUCUAGAGGUGCCAAUAUAGCAUUUAUGAAUCAAUCAAAGUUUGUUGAAUGUGUCAACUCUGUCAAGGAAAUAGGAAUCGAACCUUUCACGCGUGUGUUUGUUGAUGCACUUGUAGUUAUAACAAUGUUGAAUAAAUCAACCUGGGAGUUGAAACUGGAUAUCUUUGAGAGGUGUGGGUGGUCCAGGGAUGUCACUCUUUUGGCAUUCAGUAAGGUUCCACGCAUUAUGUUUUUCUCAGAGCAAAAAAUCACAAGCAACAUGAAGUUUUUUGUGGAUGAAAUGGAAUUACGGUUGGAAGAUAUAGCUGGAUGCCCAACAAUUCUUGGCUAUAGCUUGAAGCAGAGGAUUAUUCCUAGAUGGUCUGUGGUUAAAAUUUUGAAGACGAAGGGUUUAAUCAAGGAACAUGUGUCCCUAAAUUCUGUUAUCAUCAUGAGUGAGAAAAGGUUUCAGGAAAAUUUUGUGAUCAAAUUUCAAGAAAGUGUUCCUCAGCUGCUGGAACUCUACAGCGGUUCUCGUGAAUUGAGACCUCUACCUGAAUUUCCAACGUUGGCAGUUUCUUGA